CGAACGCAACUCUCAUUACUCCGGCUAUAGUUCGGCGAAAGGACUUCAUAUCUCACCACUUGCUUCGAGUUCCUGUUGUACUUCUUGUCGCCGGUUCAGAGGAGUUCUCUUUCACCCUCCCUCCCUUUCUCUCUCUCUCUAGGGCACUCAUUCCGCAGUUGCUAGUGGCAUCGCAGAAUGGAGCUAUGGAAGAAGAAUCUACCGACCCUUCUUUGCGGCGUGUUGCUGGUGAUGAUGAUGACAGCGCUUACCUCGGAAGCUCGGGAUCAAAAAGCAGAAGGUUGUCCUACGGAGGUGGCUGGCGAUGACCCGAUCAAGUCCUGGCCAGACGGCAGACUGAAAGCUGUUGGGCUGUGUGAACGCCCCAGCACAUGGGGACCACUAGUGGCAAAUGACACGCGCCACUUGACGAUAACCCCUAAGCUGGGCAUAACCGGGAGCAAUCGAUUGACAAUUGCCGCCUCCAUUAUCUUGACAGACGACUCGCCGCCUGCAGUGCGAGCAAACAUCAAUGUGUUUGCGAAAGUCGCAUUCCUCCAAAACCGGUAUGUUCGUAGAACAGAUUGCUAUGAGCUGAGCAAGCAGGCAAGCAUGGGCAUGAUGAUCCACUCCUCACGGCAUAUCAAGCGGGAGGUGGUCAUUCCUAAGGGAACAACCUCGGCAGUCAUAUGGAUACAAGCUGGCACCGUGCGAAGACCAUGCGCUGCAGCCAGAAACCAUAUGCUGGAGGAGUGCGAACAAGCUGGAGCCCUACAGCGGCAACAGCAGCAGCAGUCUCACCACGGCAACAGCACACCAGGCGAGACAACGGCGUUGCCUAGCUGCAAGCUGCUGUGCCAAAGCCGCCGACUGGAGAUCAAAAUUCCAGGGCAGCCCGAGUUCAAAGUGGACCCUGAGGUGCGGGAGCACAAGGGAACAAGAAGAAAGUCCCGAACACUGACGGUGGUUGGUGGCUAUGGUCGUUUUAUACGCCUAGGACCGCGUGACAAAGUCGUGUCGGGUGAAAUUUGCCGUGCUAGUAAGCCUAUCUUCGUGAUGAGCUCCAACCAUAUCAGCGAGACUCUGCAGCUGGAACGCGCCUGUUUUCCAACUCUAUGCUGCUCGGUGUGCGCCAGGGGUCGCCAUUCGCUUCGCGAAAGGCACGCCUAUAACGUCAACGCUAACUCCACUUACCCGACCUGCCACGUUAGGGUGCGUAUGAAGAACCGUUUUGGAACUGCUUCCACGCUGGUCACAUUCGGAAAGGACGCAGCCGUUCCGAGCGACACAAAGGAGUGGAAAUUCAGAGGCGUUUUCCUCAACUGCUCUCCGCACCAGGGACGCUAGUGAUGUUGCCCGGGACACCGACAUCUGCAGCUAGUGCUUUAGCAUACCGGCGGCAUAUACACCUUGCAUAUAGAGAGGCAUGUGGACACUGUGUUGGUCGAACUGGAACACAGCGGAGAAGCCUCAUCGAGUCUCUGAAUGCCGUAGGCUCCGCCGCUUGCGUUGCCAUAGUAGCACUCGGCUCAACGCUGCCACCAUAGCCGCCUGCACUGCAGUUGCGCUGCAUGGGGUUGCAUUUCAGACCUCGAGUGAACAUGAUUUCGUUCGCUUGCUUUGUUCCAGCAUAGAUGACAACAUUUUUUUGUUCGGACUAGUUUAGCUCUGCUUGGCAUCGACUCUGUUCUGCUGGCUCCCGGUCGGGAUAAUUCUUAGAUUCACUAGGGUAAUUACGCCUGACGGCCGGGGACCACACAUUCCAUAUGCACUCGCUACCAGUAAACAUGCAUAACGUAGUGCACGCACAAGACCCGUCUCAGACGGGUCCAUUGUUCAUUUCACUGCUCAUCGUUUGUCGUUUGAUACGUCUGCGUUCUCACAGUUUUUUUUAUUAGGAAGGGGAAAAUCCCUUCGCACUAUUGUAUAGAUACCUGGAUACCCGUGAUCCGGAAACGAUUCAGAGAGCUCGAUCCGCAGGUACGCCUAUCGGUUGUGCUCUGUCCACCAGACAGCUUCUCUCGUGUACGCUUGAACAUUUCCAGCUAGUCAACGCCAUUAGCUAUGGCGCCGAUGGCUGGCAAUUCCCCGGUCAGUGGUGCACAGAAUCGUGCAGGUAGUUUAUGGCCCUGUCUUUAUGCGUAUCACAGCACAACUGUUCACACUUUUUUAGAUUUGCUUGCACCUGUAUUGCCUGCGUUUUUGUUCUGCAUAGACCAUGCCUAUUCCUAUUUUACUAGCCAAGCAACCACUGGCCGGAGAAUUUUUAAAUAAUUAAUGCGUUCUCGUGUGUUCAAAGAGGCAUGCGUUUUCGAA